AUGUCCGCUACCUUGCAGCGGCAGAUUUUAACCGAGUUUAUUUUACUAUACAAAAGUUUCCCAUGUCUGUGGGACAGUACUGUGAAGGAAUACCUUGAUCGUGAUGAAAAACAGCGAGCAUACGAGCGUUUGGUGCAGAAGUACAAAGAAAUGGAUAAAAAUGCCACCCGCAGUACAGUUGCGAAGAAGAUCAAUGUGCUGCGCACAUGUUACCGUAGGGAGCUUACCAAAUUAAAUAAAUCGCUCCAUUCAAGCUGCGGCGACAAAGCGUACAAACCAACGUUAUGGUAUUUCGAUUUGUUAGCAUUUUUGGACGAAUCAAAAAGUAGGGAAGUGGAGUCAUCGUGCGAGGGUAGCGGUAUCGUUACAGCAACCGUUCAUCGGCCGAUAAAAGAAAUUUUACAACACGUUGAGAUUGAGUACAUCGAAAAUGAAUCACCUUUUGAUAGCAACGAUUGUGGGUCAGUAGUGGAGGAACGAGUAUACUCAUCGUGCAGUAUGUCCUCCUCUGCAACAACUGAAAAAAGAAAUUUCUCUUCAUUUGAUCAGCAAUCAUACCAGCAAAGUAACGCUGCUAGGAAGCGAAUAAGAUUUUCGUCCAAUAACGAAGAUUCUUUCGAUAUCUUCGGUAAACAUAUUGCGUACAAACUGCUAUCGCUGAAUAAACAGCAAUACAUACUGGCUCAAAAGCUUAUCAACGACGUGCUGUUUGAAGGGGAAAUGGAAACACUGAACCGAACCUGUAAUAUAACCACUUGCAAUGAUGCUCCACCUUAG